AAAAUUACCAAAACUUAAGUUUUUAUUUCAGAAAAAAAAGGCGAUUGUUGCAGUCAUAAUUGAUGGUAAAGAUUUUAGCAAUUCAAAAAUGGAUGAAAGCAUAUUUGAAGACCUUGAAAAAUUAUUUGAGGAGUGUGAUGAUGUUGUGAAUAGUUUUAAUAAAACUGUUGCAGAUGAAGAGCAAUUAGUUGGUUCACAGAGUGCAAAUGAAACAAUACUUUAUUCAGAUGGUGAUAAUGAGGUUAUUUGUAAUAAUAAGGUCAAAGUCCUUGAUUCUGGAAAGAUUGAACAUAAGACAGAGGUGCCAGAAUCAAAUGUCAUAAACAAAAGCAUAUGUCACAUUGCACAAGUAGAACAUGAACCAGAUGGUCACAAGGAAGAAUGUGAAACUGUUGAACCAGUUAUCAAAAAAAUUGAGAGUGAAAUAGAAGUACAUGGAUCCAAUAUUGUCAAGAUUGGAAGUGAAACAGGAGAUAUUCAUAAAACAAAAUGUGGAGCAGUCGAUAAACCUGAUUUAAGUGAGAUUUCUUUGAAAAAAUGUUGGAAGAGAAAGCAAGAGGAGGAAAGUAUUAAGGAUGUCUCAUUACUUCAUGAACAGUCUAGUAAGGAAGAAGGGGAGUGUACUGAAACUUUUGUGGAAGAGAAAUCUCUUGGGUGUACAAUGGAAGAAAAGGUAAAGAAGAAAAAAACUGGACCAGAGAUUAAUUAUUCUUCUUUUAUAGACUCUUCUAAGGAAGACGGGGAAUGUUCAACCACAAGUUUUGAAGACAAUGAACUUGAAAUAACUGUUAAGGAAGCCUCCCCUUCAAAGAUGACCAAAGUUUGUUCCGGUACUUACAAGGAAAACAAAGGUAUGCUGGUAUUUAAGCCGGUGGAAAUAAAUUAUGAACAGGAAUUGAAUAUGUGUAAAAAUUUGAGAAAAAGGAAACGAUCACUGUCUGAAUGUAAUGAGAAUACUCCUAAAAGACGACACUUGUUGAUAACUGACUGUGAGGAUGCAUUGUCCCCAAUAGGCUGUGUACCAUCAAGUGCUGACAAAGGAAGGAACAUACUUGAAGUAGCUGAUUCACCAAUGAUUGAAUCUAAAUUUAGAUUGCAAGAAACAAAAUUGAAUUUUCAAGAAAAAGUUGUCUCCAGUAGUACACCAUUAAGCACAUCACAAAAACCUUUGUUACCAUCUGAAGGAGCAUGUGGCACUCCACUUGCUGCAACAAACUCUGGUAAACAGAAUAAGUUUGCAAAGAGAGAGAUUCUUAAAGUUGUAGAACUGUCUGAUUCAGAUUCUGAUUUUCAUGGCUUUAGUGAUGAUAAUGAAACAACUGAUAAAUGUCAGACUGUGGAUGAACUUAUUGCUGAGAUAACACAGCUGUGUGAAGAUUGUGAGAAAACAUUAGAAAGUGAAAGAAGUGAUUAUGAACAAGUAGGAAAAGGACCUGAUAAGCCAGUCAGUAAAAUUCAGUUAGAUGAGCUUUUAGAUGAAUGGAAGACAAAGAGUUCACAAGAAAGUGGUACAGAUUCUGAAGAUGACGAAAAAACUCUUGUGGAAGAUGUGAAUAAAGAUAGCCAGACCGAAGGAACAGAAACUGCUGAAAGUGAUAUAGAAAAUUACACAGUGCUAUCAGCUGUGGGUUCUUAUAAAAAAGAUGAAAAUGAGGAUGACAAUGAUGAAGACAAGGUUGGCAGGUUUAAAGGUGAAGUGACAGUUUCUAGAAUUGAGGACGAAAAAGGCAAUGAAACUAAUAGGGUAGUAAUUGAUAUGAUUUUGUGUGAUAAUGAUGAUCAAGAACUACAAUAUGGAGAUGACUUACUGAAUCUAGAUGACUAUGAUGAUGAAGGAUUUGUUGAUGAGAAUGUUUUAGAAAAGUCACAUCUUACCAAAGAUUUGAGUACGUCUGUGAAAGCUCAAGUGACUGUUGAAAACAAUAACAAUAUUCAGGGAAAACAAACAGCUAAACAACCAGACACCCUGUUAGAACUCAUACCCAGUCUUGAAAUAGAGAGGAAGGACAAUGUAGAUAGUAUUGGAAAAGCUGAUACAGAUAUAAAUGAAAAUGUUGUGAGAGGUUUAGAUUAUGCUGCUUUUGACACAUCUAUAUAUAGGAGGAAUGAGAAUACUACCAUUGAAAGAGAGAUAUGUAAACGCUGGAGAACUCAUGGUUCUGCUGACCCAGAUGUGAACCUGACUGUAGCUUCUACUAAGCGUAACAAAUGUAAAAAAGCAGGGAAGAAGCCGGAAGCUGGGUACUUGGAAGGGGACCAUGUGGUUUGUACAUAUCUUUACGAGGAAGAGAUUUUAUCAACAUUCAAACGCUAUGGAAAAACUACAGGACAAAGUGAUUUAUGCUACAUGACACUAGACAAUUUAUUGAACAAACUGUACAAUCAAAAAGAGAUUCUGGAAAAUAUGAAUAAGCAGUCACUGAUAGAUAUAAAGCAAACUUUGCAGUGGCAACUGACAGGGACCAAAGAACGACACAUGGAGGAGAUGAACGCUUUAAGAUACAGGCAAACUAUGGAAGAUGAUCAGUUCAGGUUUACUUCUAGGAUUCAGUUCAAUCCAAUAGAGUUCCAAAAUAGAAUAAUGCAGCUACGACAAGAUCAUUUGUUCCAACAAGAGAGAUUGAAAGAACAUCACCAGAAAGAGUUUUGUGCAGUUCGUGCUCGAGGACUGGAUAUCUUAAAUCAAGAAAUUAAUCGGCACUCUGUACAAUGUGAACCAAUAGGUCAGCUUAUAGAACAGCUAGAAAAACCGGAAGCUUAUGCUUCGUUGUCGCCAAAUAAGUACGGACCUCCGAUUGUGGUAAGCCUCAGAAAAGGUCCCUGUAGGGCAAAUAACGGGAAACAUUCUUCUGUACCAGUUUGUUUGUCAGCAGGAAUAGCUCAAGCAGUCUCAUUGGAAGAUGAUCUUUACGACCAUUACUAUGGUUACUAAAAUGGCAGCUUGAGAGGAAAAACUGGACAUUUUACUGGUUAUUAUUUUUGACAGUUUGAGAAAGUUCAAAAUUACAUUUUUAGGAGGGAUUUUAUCUGUAGAAUUUGAAUUUUUUUUUAGCUCACCUGUCACAAAGUGACAAGGUAAGCUUUUGUGAUCGCAAUUCGUCUGGCAUCCUUCAGCACAUCCGUCUGUAAACUUUUACUUUAAAUGACAUCUCCUCAUAAACAGCUAAGUCAAUUUAAUACAAACUUCACAGGAAUGUUUCUUUGGUGGUCACCCUUGAUAAUUGUUCAAAGAAUUAAGUUCCAUGCAGAACUCCAUGGCAACUGAAAGAAAAAACUUAAAAAAUCUUCUUUUAAAAAAACCCAAAGAACUAGAGCUUAGAUAUUUGGCAUGAAACAUCUUACCAGGUUUGUUCAAAUAAAAGCCCUGGGGUCAAAAUGGCCCCCCAUUGGGGUGCCAUUGAUAUCCCUUAUAUUUAUAUAGUAAAAACUUUUAAAAACCCCAAAGAGCUAGAGCUUAGAUAUUUAGCAUGAAACAUCUUCCUGUGAGUGUCUGCCAAGUUUGUUCAAAUAAAAUCCCAGGGGUCGAAAUUCGGCCUGCCCAGGUGGUUCAUUGAUUUUCCUUAAAUGUAUAUAGUAAAGUAUGUACAGUCUUCACGAAAAACUUUAAAAAGCACAGGACAUUCGGGCCAGUAAAAUUUCAAAUCUUACUGGACCUGGUGAUUUUUAGCCGGACCAAAUACAUAGAUAGGUAAUAAAUUGAUUGGUAAAGGAAAACACUUUAUCAUGCUUCCCUUGAUAAUUAUGAAAGAAGCAUAAUACUUCUUGUAUUCUGGGCCAUAUGUUGACAGCUUUUAAAAAUCUAUAAGGACCAAAUGUUUAGGCAAAAUUGACUAGAAUUGAACAUGAACAAUGCAAUUUGCUUCAAACAAAUCACUUUCACACAAAAUAUUUACUUAACUUAAUAAUCACAAAAUCGAAGCUAAAUAAGGACCAUAAUAAACAAUGGUUUAAUUUCCGUAACUGUCUGGUGCGGUACGAAAAAUAUC